GCGGUAAUGCGCCAUAACGUUGGAUGCCAACCGCCGAUAAACCCCACAGAAGAAGAUUAAUCUGUGAAAAAGGGGGGCGUCAGUAAUAUGACAGCCUGAGAAUAAUAUUGUCGCAGUAUUAUAUGCACCAUUUCACUGCAUCGCGAAAGAUUGGUCUUUUCUAACAUAAUGACAUACUUUGAAUAAGACAACCUUGCAAUGGCGUGCCCUUUUCACCAGUCAGGCUACGUCGACAUUGGAUACGCGCCGUGGUUGUCUGGCUAGGCCUACGCAAAUGACUGUCCCCUAUAUGAAGCCCUUGUGUUCUCCCAUAGCUGAGCUGAACCCUGCGCUGCUGGCAUUGGACUGGCUUCUCGGGGUCUGGGAGUCCGAUGAGCCAGGAGAGGGCUCAUUCUCCUCCAUACCGCCUUUCCGCUACAACGAGAGACUGCACUUCUCCCAUGUGGGCCAACCAGUCAUCAACUUCAUGUUUAAUGCAUUCCAUGCUGAGAAUAAGAAACCUAUGCACAGGGAGUGUGGCUUCAUCAGAAUACAACCAGGCGGCAACAGAGUAGCCUUCAUUAUAGCACAGAACUCCGGCCUGGUGGAGAUUGAGGAAGGAGACCUGACUGGACAGCAGUUAACUCUACACACCCAUGCCCUGGCCAGAACCUCCUUCGCUAAAGAACCCCAUGUACAGCAGAUUUCCAGAGUGUUCCAGCUGAGACCGGAUGGGAAGCUUGAGCAGACUGUCUCCAUGGCGAUGGAGGGUGGGCCACUUAUGCAGCAUUUGCACAUCACCUACCGCCGCUCCUCUUGACCACCAGGAGGUGACAGAGUAAUAACAAGCACUAGACUUUGUUAAUUUGAUUUCCUGACCCUUAAUUAAUGCUGAUCUAGGUUAGUGUUGUGUUUUCUCCCAUUGGGGUUUGGGGAGGAUAAACCGAUUCUAGAUGUGGUCAUUGUGCCAAAAGACAACUGCUUGUGUAACAAGUGAUGUUUAAGUGUGUUCAGCCCUUAAUUUAAUGCUACUAUAAUCAGGUUGUCUUUCUCAGAGGCUGUAUUGAACCCAAUGGAUAAGUGGAAUAAAAACAAAUAAUCUAA